AUGAAGCAGUUCCUGGACUUCGGAUCAGUGAAUGCUUGUGAAAAGACCUCAUUUAUGUUUCUUCGGCAAGAGUUACCUGUUAGAUUGGCAAAUAUAAUGAAAGAAAUAAGUCUCCUUCCAGAUAAUCUUCUCAGGACACCAUCUGUUCAAUUGGUACAAAGCUGGUAUAUCCAGAGUCUUCAAGAGCUUCUUGAUUUUAAGGACAAAAGUUCUGAAGAUGCUAAAGCUAUUUAUGACUUUACAGAUACUGUGAUACGGAUCCGCAACCGACACAAUGAUGUCAUCCCUACCAUGGCCCAGGGUGUGAUUGAAUACAAGGAGAGCUUCGGAGUGGACCCUGUCACCAGCCAGAAUGUGCAGUACUUUCUGGAUCGUUUCUACAUGAGUCGCAUUUCAAUUAGAAUGUUACUCAAUCAGCACUCUUUAUUGUUUGGGGGAAAAGGAAGUCCAUCUCAUCGAAAACACAUCGGCAGCAUAAAUCCAAACUGUGAUGUAGUUGAAGUUAUUAAAGAUGGCUAUGAAAAUGCUAGGCGCCUGUGUGAUUUGUAUUAUAUUAAUUCUCCUGAACUAGAACUUGAAGAACUAAAUGCAAAAUCACCAGGACAGCCAAUACAAGUGGUUUAUGUACCAUCCCAUCUCUAUCACAUGGUGUUUGAACUUUUCAAGAAUGCAAUGAGAGCAACUAUGGAACACUAUGCUGACAAAGGUGUUUACCCCCCUAUUCAAGUUCACGUCACACUGGGUAACGAGGAUUUGACUGUGAAGAUGAGUGACCGAGGAGGUGGUGUCCCUUUAAGGAAGAUUGACAGACUCUUCAACUACAUGUAUUCAACUGCACCCCGGCCCCGUGUAGAAACCUCUCGAGCAGCACCUCUGGCUGGUUUUGGUUAUGGGUUGCCCAUAUCGCGUCUGUAUGCACAAUACUUCCAAGGGGACCUGAAGCUAUAUUCCCUGGAGGGCUACGGCACAGAUGCUGUUAUCUACAUUAAGGCUCUGUCGACAGAAUCAAUCGAAAGACUCCCCGUGUAUAACAAAGCUGCCUGGAAGCAUUACAACACUAACCACGAGGCUGAUGACUGGUGCGUCCCCAGCAGAGAGCCAAAGGACAUGACAACGUUCCGCAGCGCCUGAUGCACGUGGAACACCUGGAAAGUCCAAGUGCGGCUUUGGUGUUAAAUUUAGAAGAGAUGUUGUUCGGAACUAUAUUAUACCAAAUACUUCAUGUGUCAUUUUGCAAUUAACUCUUUGGGUAGAAUAAAUGGAAACUGAAUUCUACUUGUGCCUGUUAAACCUCCUAAAGGACAGAGUAUACAUGUAUAUUUUACAUGUAUAUUUUCACAGUUAAUUGAACAUGUAUUUUAAACAAUUGUAGUUUUAGUCAACUUUAUUCCUUUUUUUUUUGGUACUGGGAAUCAAACUCGGGACCCUUGUGCUUGCAAGGCAGGUGGCAGAACCACUGAGCUAAGUCCCUGGCCCUGUCAACUUUAUUCUUUAUGUAGACUUCAGAAGUGUGGAAGUCUUUGGGUUUAUAUAAGAAAUGGGUAAUUUUUAAAAUAUGUUUCACUUAUGUCUGUUAGAAACAUUUUCUGAAUAAUACCGAUUAGCUGGUUAGCUGUCUUUCUGUUAUCUGGAGUUCUGCUCUUCUUUAUUUAGUACUGAUAAGAUGCUCUUGGUGUUAUCAGUGACCAACUACAAAUAAAGCAGAACACAGUUGUAGGUGUAGAACCAGCCUUCGUUCAUCAUCUCCAUGUAUUGUCUUAGCUCUGAAUUCAGUUGAUCAUUUUAUAAUUUGAUACAAAUAGGUGUUAAUGAUUAGUUUUUUGUGGAUCUAGGGUAAGCAUGGCAGUCUGUUUCAGGUGUGCUUUUGAUUAAUGCUAAGGGAAUAAGUUAGCAAUUACUAAAAUGAUAGAGAUAAAUUCAGGGCAAAGCAUCAAGUCCUCAAAACUAAAUUAUUACUGAGAAAGUUUACUUGGGGGAAUUUUUGAAAACAGUAGGGUUUUUCUGAGUCCCAAUCCAGACACAAUCAGAACUUCUAGGACUGGAGUUCAGGGAUUCUCAGUUUUUAAAACAUUUGCAAUGUGAGUCUGAUUUUUAGAACUGCUUCCCCCCACCUUCAGUACCAGGGAUUGAUCUCAGGACCUUGCACAUGUGAGGCAGGCAUAGCGCCACUGAGCUACAUCCCUGACCCUUAGAAUUGCUCUUUUAAAGUGAAUAGUGACUUUGCUGAAGUAACGGAGAGAUCUUUAGGUUUUGGUUUCCACCUGUUUAAAUGUCAGAUUUCUAGACUGAUCUAAACUUAGUGCAAUUAGACAAACACACCCUUAGAAGCAAGAGAACAAAAUACUGCAGGAGAACUGUUUGGUACCAAAGGAUCACCUUAUUUUUAGUUCAAGAGGCAAGAAAGAACAUGUAUUUUUCUAAAAGUAUCCAGAUUCUGUUACCAGGGAAAACUCAACUUACAUUUAUUCUAAUCCUUUGCAUUUGUGUAGUAAUUUGUAAUUUACAAGUACUUUGAGAUAUUAUUAUAACUUGUUGUUCUUCAAAACAAAGCACUAAAGAGCAAGUGGAUUCAGAGUGAUGCAGAGUCGCAGAGAUGAAGCCAGAGCCCAGGCUGUCGAUCACACCAUCCACAGGCAAGUCUAGGAGGCUGUGAACUUCACUCUAUCUUUUAAGAUAGGGAAAGUCAUUGAAACUACACAUUUUAUACAUGUAUCAAGUCAUUAUACUGUGCCCCUUGAAUAUGUACAGUUUUUUUAAAAAGUCAAAUCAUAUAGCACAAAGUAGAAUUCUUGUACUUCUCAGAAAAAGAAAAUGUAUGUGAAUCUGUAAAUUUGGAAGGGAGGUUAGUCCAGGUUCUCAUUUAAGAGGAGAGGGUCAUAAGACUCAGAGACCUGCCCCAAUGGACCAGGGCUUCGUAGCUAAUCAGACUCGAUGCUGAAAAAGAUACAGACCUUUCUUCACCUACUACUGUUCCUUAGCAUGGGGUAUGUGGAAAACAGCAGAACACGUUAAUGCUUGACUUGUAUUAGUUCAGUGCAUUACAAUUUGAGGGGGUAUCUGGGAUCAAACUUGGGACCUUGUACUUGUGAGGCAGGCGGUGGAACCACUGAGCUAAAUCCCUGGCACAUUACAGUUUUUUAGCUUUGAAUUUUUCUUGUAGGGAUGAAAUAUUUUAGGAUCUUUUGGAUUAAAAUACUCUUUCCUAAAUGAGACAUUUGUACAACUAAACGAUGUUUUUACUAUGAAAUAGACUUUCCUACCCCAAGAAAAUUAGUUUUUCUCUAUAUAUCUAAGAGCUAACAAAUAAUGUUUU